AUGACGGAUGUUCUUACCGAGUACAAGAAUAAGCUCUCAGAGUUGAGCUUCAACUCGCAGCCCAUCAUAACAGAGUUGACCCAGAAGGCAAAACAGCACCCGGAACUUGCAGACCAAAUAAUGGACUUGGUUUCGGAGCGGAUCUACCAUACCGUUCCCGAGCAGAAGCUUUAUGCGUUGUAUGUGCUCGAUGACAUUUGCAAAGUGAUAGGCAACCCCUACAACAUCUUGAUUGGAGACGAAAUCUACAGCAUCUUUGUCCAUGUGUUUCAGAUGAACAACGACACGAUUCGAGAUAAAAUGGUCCGGUUAUUCAACACUUGGAAAGUGAGCACGUUGAGAAACACAGACAUCUUGACUUUCCCGAAGGAACAGCUCAGCAAGAUUGAGCAGUUUUUGAAAAAGGCCGAGUACCCAAGACCGGUGGUGACCAGUCCGCGACAACGAACACCGGUGGCCAUGGCGGCGGGGGUUCUUCCUCCUCGACCGGGAGUAUCGCUUCAGCAAUCGCUAAUAAACGACAUUGAUCACUUGAUACCGAUAUUUGAAGCCCAGUUGCGCGGCAACAAUAACCGAGAUGCAAAGGUUCACGACAGAUUCAAGGCGUUGAACAAGCUCAAGACCUUGUUGCUGUCGAAGGAGAUGAAACCGGUGGAGUUGGAGGCUAUCAAGACCCACAUUGUCAACAUCCAGGCCCAGACAGUUACUCCUGCCACCACUCCUAUCCCACCACCACACCCACAACCAUCGCCUGCAGCUAUAGUCAACCCUGCCAUGGGGUUAUUCCAAGACUUGAUCUUGUCGGGAUUGGUGAAAAAGGAGCAGGAGCCGAUACCAGGCUCAAAGCCGGUUUACACCUUGAUGUUCCCAGAAGAAAAAUACUCGCGCGAUCAAGGCAUGAUGGAUCUAGACACUUUGGAAGAUAUCUUGCUUCAAAGCAGCUCGAUACCAAGAUCGGAGUAUGACAAGUUAAAGUUUGUCGAAUUGAUGAAUGUGAUGAAGAAAACGGCCGACGGCGACUUGCAGCACUAUAUCAACAGCAACAAGCCUUCGUCUAGCUUAACCGACCUACUUUACGAUGCCAAGCCUUCCAAAUGUUCCAUUUGUGGCAAACGGUUCGCGACCGAUGCCGAGGGCACCACAGGCAAGAGGUUGCAUUUGGAUUGGCAUUUCAGGAUGAACAAGAAACUGAGCGUUAAGGGAGGCAAUAUCCAAUCGCGAAAUUGGUAUCUUGACGACGUAGACUGGGUUCAAUUUGACGAAAAUACAACCGUGCUACAGCGAACUGAUCAGAAGGAAAACUCUUUCCUUGCUGAUGAAGGAGCAGGAGGUGGAGGAGACGGUGUUGGUGCUGGUGCUGGUGCUGGUGCUGCCGGUAACGGCACUGGAGGACAAGCUUCCUACGUUGUUGUUCCUUCAAACGACACCAACAUGAACAACAGAUGCCUCAUUUGUCGAGAACAAGUUCGUGCCAAAUACAACGACGAAAUCGGCGAGUGGGUCUGGAACGAUUGUAUGAGACAGUCGGGAGAGAAAAACCUGCGAAGAAUUGUGCAUGUGAGCUGCUAUAACGACAGGAAAAGAGCCGCUGAUACCGACUUGAACCCAUUCAACAUCAAAAGAGAAAAGAUUUAA